AUGAGCGACCUCUUGGAAGAUCUUCGCGAACUCGGCUUCGUCCCAAAUCCGCCAACUCUGAACGGCUUGCCCACAGAGCUAGUGAAGCUAGAUUUGACUGGCGUCGAAUAUAUAUUCGAGGAUGACCCAUCGUUCUUUCGAGAGGUUAAUCAUCCGUCUUUCGACGUUGGUGAUCUAGUUGGAAAACUGAGGGCGCACCAACAGAAGAUGGAAUGGCAGAAACAAUUAUUCGGCGACAGGAUUGGUGGGGCUCCCUCUAGACUCUCCGACCACUUCCGGACGCUGUUGGGAUUGAUGCCAAAGAUGACCGACAUCCAUAUUCGAUCAAAAUACCCGGGGGGUUCUCUCAUUCACGAGUCCAUGGAUCAUCGUACAAGCUUAUACGCCGACUUGCAUUUGUACCGGCGUGGCAUUCCGGCUAUGCUAUCGUUGUUCUUAGCCUGCGCUGAGAAGGAGAAGAAAAUCACCACACUGGCCAUCAACAAGGUCGCGGAUCUUUUCUUCUUCACUUGCACUGCCGAGCCUAAAUGCGUGGAACUCACUAAGAAAAUCGAUAAGGCAACAGCGGACUUGGACAGCAUUAGUCUUGAGAUAACAGCCAAGGAGAGGGGGUGGAGUCCCGAGAACGGUUAUGGAAUUAGAGAAUUCCGCCCAACCUUCUUGAUGAUACCACACGGAAUCCCGACAAUAUUCCCUGGAGUCUUCAGGAGCAUGUUCGGGCGCAACAUCUGGCCCAAGCUUGGAGAAUUCUCCAUCGGCUACCUCGAAGCUGAGGAAGGAACUCUGAUCUCCUUCAUCUCGGACCAUAAAAAUACGCUCAAGAUACUCAGUCUCGAAACAAUCAUGCUUUCUGCAGGCUCCUGGGCAUCGCUUCUUCCUAGACUGCAGGCCAUCAUCUCUUCCUCGGAUUUCAAGCUAGACACCAUCACCGUUCGCGGACAUCUACUAGAGCAAAUCAACAAUCCACGCACUUGCUUUGAAGAGAUAAUAUGCGAUAAUUCCGAAGAUUUCCAACCAAUUCGGGUAAAAGCGCAGCAAAAUCAGGUCGAAGCAUAUCUAAAGGACCGCGGAUUCUGCCCAAUUACUAUGAACAAUACCCGAUGCACGCCUCGUCGCUAUCAACCACUAUUUCCGGUCAUCUUUUGA